AUGGAUAGUUUGAAAGAAAGUGUAAACACAUACAGCUCUGAGGGGCGAAUCCACCAGAUUGAAUAUGCAAUGAAGGCUAUGAAUCUUGGAACAACAACGAUUGGAGUGCGUACGAGCGAGUUUGCAAUACUCUGCUCUGAAAAGAAGGUGAUGUCGACACUGCAGAAUCCAAGAAGCAUCAUGAAGCAUCACAAGAUUUAUGACAACAUUGUGCUUGGGUUUUCUGGAAUAAGCGGCGAUACAAAAACAAUUGUAAACAAAUCCAGGGAAUUUUGCAUAUCUCACACAUACAAGUAUAAUGAAAAUACAAGUGUUGAAAGAUUACUGAAAUAUCUAUCCAGUUUGAGUUUAAGAUUCAGUGAAGAGGACGAGGCAAAGAUGAUAUUCAGAAGACCAUUUGGUGUUUCUCUUCUAAUUGCAGGGUUUGACACUGAGCCAAGGCUGUAUUUUUUGGAUCCUUCGGGAUCAUACACCGGCUACAAGGCGAAGGCAAUAGGAUCUGGGAAUGAGGUAAUUGAAGGGCUGCUUGAGCCGGAGUAUGAAGAGUACACAACUCUUGACGAGUCGCUAAAAAAGGUAUUGCUAACGCUUGCAAAGGCAAUGAAGGACAAGAUCUCCAAAGACAAUGUAGAGAUCGCAAUUGUUACCAAAGAAGAAAUCAAAUUCCUGGAGCCCGAGGAGAUUGCAAAGUAUCUAUGA